AUGUCGUCGACUAAGAAGGACAAGAAGUUCUACCACGCGACGGCCGCGCAGGCCUACUACAUGAAGCCCAGCGAGGCGGCGACUGUGAGCCUCGCGGCGCCGGCCGGGAGCGCGUCGCGGGGCGUCGGCGAGCGGGACCGGCCGCGCCUGGGCAUCGUGGUCAUGACGAAGCGGCCCCUGGACUUCGAGCAGUGGCUCGUCUACCACCGGUCCGUCAUCGGCGUCGAGCGGUUCUUCGUGCUCUGCGAGGACACGCCCGAGCUCGCGGCGCUGCUCCUGCGGCCGCCGUGGAACGCCUUCGUCGACGCGACCUUCGUCGCCAAGACGCAGCGCGACUACUUCGUGCAGAUGGACCGCCAGGCCGUCAACGUCGCGUGCGCGGUGCCGCGCGCGCGGGCGUCCGGCGUCGAGUGGUUGUUGCACGUCGACGACGACGAGCUGCUCCACGCGCCGGGCGGCGUCGGCGCGCUCUGGGCCGCUUUAAAGAACGCGCCGAAGCACGCCUGCGACGCCCACGUGAAGAACGUCGAGGCGCUCGCGCCGGACCGGUCGUGCGCGCACCCCUUUGUGGAAUGCACGACGUUCGUCGCGUCGACGUCCAAGUACAGCUCCUACACGAACGGCAAGUCCUUCGGCCGCGUGAGCGCGCCGGGCCUGCGCGCCCACGGGCCCCACCACUUCCGCGGCGACGCGCCGCCGAGCGCGGGCUCGGCGACCGUCGACCUGCCGCCGUCCGUCGCCGUCGUGCUCCACUACGAGUCCGUGUGCUACGACCGCUGGACGACGAAGUUCAGCGAGCUCGCCGCGCGCCACGGCCACGACCAGGACAUUUUGGACAAGCUGCCCUUCCCCUUCUACCGGUCGAGCCUCGCGGCCGUGGGGCACCUCGCGCGGUGCGCGCCCAAGGACAAGGCCGCCGCGAGCGACGCGGCCGUCAAGGUCUGGACGUCCCGCAAGCUCGUCGACGAGUCGCGCGUCCCGCCCAAGGACGCCAUCGUCGUGACGGCCGUGCGCGACGCGCUCCGCGGGCUCCUCGACGACGGCGACGGCGCGGCGGCCGCGCCGUCCGCCGCGCCCGUCCUCGCGCCGCCGGGCAAGAAGAGCAAGACGCUCGAGGCCAAGGCGCCGCCGCCGCCGGGCUCCCUCCCCAAGCUCACGUCGAGCGCGCACGCGACCAUGAGGUGGUCGCUCGCGUCCCCGGCCGGGUCCGGCACCGUCGCCGCGGUCCGCGCCGCGUACGUCGCGGCCGCGCCGACCCGCGUGACCGCGAAGACGUGGUCCACGGCGGCGAUGCCCGAUGAGCCGGCGGAGCCGGCGGCGCCCGUGCCCGAGGCCAUCGUUGCCCUGGGCGUCGGCGCCCGCGUCGCCUCGGCGACCAACGACCAGGGCCAGACCCUGGAGAUCUGGGAGACGCGGGAGGCGGGCCGCGUGCUCGUCGUCGACGGCGCCGUGCGGCUGAGCGAGGCGGACGAGCGGCCCUACCACGAGAUGCUGAGCCACGUCGCCGUCUGCGCCGCCGCCGCGCGCAAGCGGAGGCGCGGCCUCGUGCCGGGCCUCGACGUGCUCGUCGUCGGCGGCUGCGGCGCGGGCGUCGCGCGCGAGCUCGUCAAGCACGCGCCGUCCGUCAUCAAGUCCAUCGCCGUCGUCGACGUCGACGGCGUCGCGUCGAACUUCGUCGCGGCGCACCUGCCCGCGCUCGACGCCGCGAAAAUGCGGGCCGAGCUCCGGGGCCGCCUCAGAUCCGUCGACUCGGGCGACGCGGCGUCCUGGUUCGCCGAGGCCGCGCGGGCGCGCCGGCGCUUCGACGUCGUCAUCUUGGACGCCGACGCGGGCAACCCCUUCGACGCCAAGGAGAUCGACGUCGCCGUCAAGGCCGUGCUCUCCGACGGCGGCGUCGCCGCGCGGAGCGCGCGCGGCGACCUCCUGGACCGCGCGGCGGCGCGGGCGGCCUGCGACGUCUUCGAGGACGUGCGCGUCUUCUCCUGGCUCAUGCCGACGCUGAAGGGCGGCCACUGCAAGGCCGUCCUCCUCGGGCGGGAACCGUUCGACGCGCGCGACGAGUCGAACUGGGACUGCGAGCUCGCCGGCGUCGCCUACUUCGACGGCGCGUCGACGGGGCCCGCGGCCUUCGCCCUGCCGCCGGACGCGCGCGGCGCGCUGCGGGCCAUGGAGCCGCGGCUCAAGCUGUCGCCGCCGAAGAUGGCGCCGCCGCCGCCGCCGGCCGUCGCGGAGCCCGUCGAGCUCGCGGCGGCGCCGCCGCCGCCCCUCGAGGGCUGGCGGCCCGACGCCGGCGCGCGCUUCGGCGGCGGCGACGUCCGGGGCACGCCGGGCCUCGUCGCGGACGCCGCCGCGGGCUUCGAGGACCGGCACCGCGAGUCGCGCGCGACGCCGGAGAAGGCGCCGAAGCGCCGACCGUCGAACGACCCCAAAAUCCGCGACGCCCAGGCCGCGCUCCUCGAGGACGAGAACUUCCUGCUCCGGUCGCCCGAGGCCGCGGUGCCCGCGCGGCCCGCGGACGGCGCCGACUUCUCGAUCUUCGGCUGCACGGCCCUGGGCGCCGACGCGCUCUGCAAGACCGACGACUUCUACGCGACCGUCGCCGUCCAGGCCGAGCACUUCGACGACGACGGCGGCGAGGCCGAGGACGACUUCGUGGCCAUGAUGCGCAAGCUCAGCGGCAACCACGAGACGAAGGUCGCGCGGGAGAAGCCGUCGACGCGCGCGGCGCCCGAGCCCGCCUUCGCCGGGCCCGUCUGCGCCGCGCCGGGCUGCGCGCUGCCCGCGGCCCACCUCUGCUCCCGCUGCCGAACGGCGUCCUACUGCUCCGCGGAGUGCCAGAUCGCGGCCUGGCCCGACCACCGCGCGUCCUGCGUCCCCUGCCCCGGCGAAUCCAAGGACGACGACGAGGGCGUCGGGCGUCACGUCGGGCCUCGCCGAGGCCACGAAGGAGGCGUCGGUGCAACACGUCCUCGUGGGCUCGCGGACCACGUGAAGCUCGAGCGGACGCUCCGGGAGGAGGGCGUGACGCCCGAGUCCGUCGGCCGCGCCGCGCAGCAGUACAGCACCUGCGGCUCCGCGAAGAAGACGCCGGACGCGCGGAUGAAGAUGCUCCGGGGCCGCCCGGGCGAGCUCGUCUUCCGGCGCGGCGAGAUGGCGAAGGAGUUCGAGGAGGCGGCGAUGACGGGGCCCAUCGGCGAGCUCCAGGUCGUCGAGACGCAGUUCGGCGUCCACCUGCUCCUCGUCAACGGGCGGUCGGGCGAGGCCGCGCCCGAGGCGGGGCCGGCGCCCCCGGCGGAGAAAACGACUACGCAGAAGAAGAAGGGCGGGAAAAAGGGCUUCGGCUAA